AUGGAUCCAGCAAAUUAUGGAGGUAUCAAGGGAAAAGUGGAUUCUCGCAUCCACUAUGGGGAGGUAAGAGAUGGGAAACGCUCAGUCCCCCAAGAGCAGGAUGAGGACAGUGAGGAGGAGGAGGAGGAGGCGGCAGGGGAUGAAGAGGAGGAAGGGGAGCCAAACAUGGAGGAGCUGCUGGAGAACAACUGGAACAUUGCACAGUUCCUGCCCCAGGCCGCCUCCUGCCAGAGCUACUUCCUGAUGAUCGUGUCAGCCUACAUUGUGGCCGUGUACCACAGCAUGAAGGAGGAGCUGCGGCGCAAUGCCCCUGGGAGUACCCCCGUCAAGAGGAGGAGCACCAGCCAGGUGUCCCAGGAGGCGCUGGGGGAGACGGGGGCCAUGCCCGGCAUGAUCACCUUCUCGCAGGAUUACGUGGCCAAUGAGCUCACCCAGAGCUUCUUCACCAUCACCCAGAAGAUCCAGAAGAAGAUGGCUGGUUCUCGUAAUGCCACUGAGCCUUCAGACGUGUUCCCAGUGCUGCCUGGCUCCUACUUGCCACUCAACAACCCAGCUUUGGAGUUCAUCAAAUACGUUUGCAAGGUCCUCUCCCUGGAUGCCAACAUAACCAACCAGGUGAACAAACUGCGCCGGGACCUGCUGCGCCUCAUUGAGGUGGGCGAGUUCUCAGAAGAAGCCCAGUUUCGGGACCCUUGCCGCUCCUACGUGCUCCCUGAAGUCAUCUGCAGGAACUGCAACUUCUGCAGGGACCUGGACCUGUGCAAGGACCCUGCCCUCUCCCAGGACGGGUCGGCGCUGCCCAGCUGGGUCUGCUCCAACUGCCAGGCGCAGUACGACACUGAUGCCAUUGAAACAGCGCUGGUGGAAGCCCUGCAGAAGAAGCUGAUGGCCUUUGUGCUGCAGGACCUGGUAUGCAAGAAGUGUCAUGGUGUGAAGGACACGCACAUGCCCGUGUACUGCAGCUGCGCUGGAGAUUUCGCCCUGACCAUCUCUUCCCAGACCUUCAUGGAGCAUGUCAACGUCUUCCAGAACAUUGCCCAGCACUACGGCAUGGCCUACCUGCUGGAAACCAUCGAGUGGCUACUGCACACCAACCCCCAGCUCCGGCAGUGAGGUGGUG